GGAGGGAUAGGCAAGGAAGCACGAAGGGGAGAUAGAAGGAGAGUGGGAGGCGGAGGAGGAGGAGGAGGAAGAGAAGGAGAAGGAGACGAUCUGCUGAGGAAAGCAGCAGCAUCGUUGAUUUUCAUAGGAAACCAAGGCAGCUUUCCACUGUUGCCGUGACGAUGGGCUGCUGGCUGUCUGGACCAUGGAUGGGUGACCAAACGAUGAGUGGGCGGAGUCUAGCACACCUGAGCCAACGAGAUGCUCUGCGGAUUCUGGCGGCCAGUCAGCGUCCAAUCACCAUGCAGAUCAAGGGCCAGAGGGGGCGAGGCAGCGAGGCGGACAUGGGAUCCUGGGAGCCUCUUCCCCUCAACCUGCAGCAUCUCAACUUACCCCUCCCACUUAUGGGGGCGGGGCUUAAUGCAUCAAGCCCCUCCUACCAAGACAGACAUUACUACAACCAUCUGUCUCUGCCACAAGAUCACUGUGAUGGAGGACGGUACAGCUACCUGUCCAACUCCCCGCGGGACACUGUGGACAUCGGCCACCAGGAUCUUGAACUGACUGGCCGUCGACCAAAGGGGCAGAACUGCCUGAUGGGAUGCUGCAAUGCAAACCUAGAAGAAACAAACGCUUGCCACAGUCAGACUGAUGACGAGGACUUCAUGCUGGAGAAGCCGCUGGGAUUCCUGCCCCUGCACCACGAGCUGGACAGCGGCCUGGGCUGGACCGACGGCUCCCUACACCAGGGCGACCUCUCAGGGCUGGAGACUGAGGAGGGGGGCCUGGAGGACUGCCAUUCCCACGGGCCCCUGGCCCCGCCGGGAUGCGGGGGGUUCGGCGGUGGCGGCUCUCCCUCCUCCGAAUCCUUCAUUUCGUCGGAGCUCAGCGACUCGGGCUUCUACAGCGUGAGCACGGGGGAGUUCAGGCACUUCCAGAGGCUUCUGGAGAAGAGAAUGCGUCUGUACAACGCCCGGCUGCAGCAUCAAGGCGAACAAUGCGAGAGGCGCGAGCGGCGCGACAGCUGCCCCAAGAGCCACCGUGAGCUGCUGGAGGCCAUUCCCGAGGCGCUGACCAUGCAGCCGCAGUGCCAGCGGCUGCAGCUCGGGAUGGAAGACGACGCUGGACACCUGAUGGACAUCCCACCUCGUGGACUCUUCAGGGUAUCGUCUGUGCAGUUCCAUAAAGCCGACCGGCCCUGCCUGAAUCGUCACAGCUCCAGUAGCGGGGCGCUCUUUAACCCCUCACACAGCCACGCUGCCGUCUCACGCAUGACUGGCCCGGUCCUUUCCACCUGCAGCACCCCCUCCAGCCACCGGAGACCGCUGGUGCCCAUCCAGCAGCAGCACCACCAGGGCUCCAGCUCGGUGGGCAUGCUGAGGAGAAGCCGAACGCUGCACCACCGGCCCCCGCCACAGGAGUACCGCCGCCGUGCCAGUCACCCAGCCUCCCCCUCCUACUGUGCCGCGACCAUGCACCACUGCGGAGGUGUUGUACCGCACAACGUCCUUCCACCGGGCCUGCCGGAGGAGGGCCAGCUGCUAGCAGGUGUUAUGGCCUCUCACCCUGCAGGCAUGACCCUCUCACCCCAGCAACACCCCGCCGCUCUGGGGCACAUGAUGGGAGCCAACACCCACGAACGAUGCUAUGACAACGGCUCCAACGGGCAGAUCGCGCACCACGACUGGUGGCACUCGCAAGAACGAGGCCUGAUGCCCGAGCCGGUGAUGACGGAGAGAGAGAGGGAGAUGGAGAUAGAGAGAGAGCUGGAACAACAAAGACAAAUGCAAAAAGAGAAAGAGAUGGAGAGGGAGAGAGAAACAAAGAUUCAGGAGGAGAUGGAACAGAGAGGACAGCUUGAGUUGGAGAGAAGCCGGACCAGGGAGCAGCAGCAACCACCAGAGUGUGGUCCACCCUCCUCAGGCCGAGACGUCAACGACACCAUGGGCCGAAGCCUGCAGCCGCCAGGCUCACGGAGGCAGCGGGGGGAGAGGUCUUUACAGCACCCUGGAAGGCCAUACUGGGAACGCUGGAAUGGGAUGCAAACAUGGGACAAAUGGUUCCAAGUUCAAACCCUAAUCCCUAGUUCUGGUCUGCAGCCUAAAGCCGCACCGAGCUCUAAACCCAACCCACCCUCACGGAUCUCCAGGAGCCAGCUGCUUCGGGACCGCGCCUCUCAACUGGCAGAUGACGCAGCGGCAUGA